UCUAUUUCCCCUUCUCAAAGCAACAGACUCUCUAUGAGGCCAUGGCCGGCUUCACUCUCAUAAACCCUUCCCUAAAACCCUCAAAAUCCAAAAUCUCAAAAGCACUCGGUACAUGCAAUUCUCAAUGGAUUUGAGAAGGCUUCCGAUCUCCAAACCUGCUUCUCUCUUCUAUCCAAUCACACGCCCCUUAAGCAUGACAUUGACCUUCCAACGCCUCCACGACCCUCCCAAGCCGCCACUGUUACAGCCUCCGAGUCCACCACGGCCUCCCAAUCCGGUUUUGCUCAACUGGGUAUCUUCUAUUCUCUCAAACCCAUCUUUGGAUUCUUCUAAAUGUGAAUCUCUCAUGCCCCUUUUGUCCCCUCAUGAAUUUGAUCAGUUAUUCUACUCCAUUAGGUCCAAUGUGAACCCCAAAACAGUCCUUCAUUUCUUUCAUUUUGCUUCUCAAUCCUUUAAGUUUCGGUUUACUGUUCGAUCUUUCUGUGUUUUGGUUCAUUUGCUCAUUGCUUCAAAUCUUGGGCCUCCUGCGAGGUUUCUUUUGAUUCGUUUGAUUGAUGGGAAUGUCCCAGUUUUGUGUGCUGACCCCAACAGCAAGCAUAUUGAGAUAGCCGUGGCAAUGUCGGAGUUGAACAAUGCGUCCCAACCGGCUCUGGGGAUUCAGGCAUUGGAUAUAUUAAUUUAUGCUUACUGUACCCAGUUCAAGAAUUUGGGUUUUGGUUAUGCUGUUGAUGUGUUUGAGCAUUUUUCGGAUAAGGGUGUGCUUCCGUCUUUGAAGACUUGUAAUGUUUUGCUGAGUUCUUUAGUGAAGGCUAACGAACUUAAGAAGAGCUAUCAUGUAUUUGAAGUUAUGACUCGAGGUGUUUGUCCUAAUGUUUUCUUGUUUACUACUGCAAUUAAUGCGUUUUGCAAGGGAGGGAAGGUGGAUGAUGCAAUAGCUGUGUUCUCAAAAAUUGAGAGCAUUGGUGUUGCUCCAAAUGUGGUAACGUACAAUAGCGUUAUCCACGGGCUAUGUAAGAGUAGAAGAUUAGAGGCGGCUUUCCAGUUUAAGGAGAAGAUGGUAAAGAAUAAUGUGAAGCCGAGUCUUAUAACAUACAGUGUGCUCAUUAAUGGUUUGAUUAAGCUGGAGAAGUUUUAUUAGGCAAAUUGUGUUUUCAAGGAAAUGCGUAGUUGGGGGUUUGUCCCGAAUGAAGUUGUAUAUAAAACUCUCAUUAAUGGGUGUUGUACAAUGGGAAAUAUUGGCGAGGCACUCGAGGUAAGGGAUGAUAUAGUAUCGAAUGGGGUUACCCCUAAUUCUGUUACUCUGAAUUCGCUACUGCAUGGAUUUUGUAAAAGUAAUCAAUUUGAGCAUGCUGAGCAAUUUUUGGACAAGAUGCUAGCCAGUGGUUUACCAGUCAGCCAAGUUGUUUCUUACUCAGUCAUUGACUGGUUAUGCAUGAAAUCUAGGUUUGAUUCUGCACUAAGAUUCACUACCGAAAUGUUAUUAAGAAACUUUAGGCCCAGUGAUAGUUUGCUUACUACAUUGUUUGUUGGGCUGUGCAAAGAUGGGAAGAAUUUAGAGGCAAUCGAACUUUGGUUUAGGCUAUCGGAGAAGGGGUUUGCAGCCAACACAGCGACCACAAAUUCUCUAAUCCAUAGACUUUGUGAAUUUGGUAGCAUCAAAGAAGUUGUUAGGCUACUCAAGGCAAUGCUUGAGAGGGGUUUGGCAUUGGAUAAGUUCUCAUACAACACACUCAUCUUAAGUUGUUGCAAGGAGGGAAGAGUGGCACAAGGUUUUAAGUUUAGAGAAGAGAUGUCUAAGCAAGGAAUUGAUCCUGACAUCAACACUUACAAUAUGCUAUUGCAUAGUCUAUGUAGUAUGGGCAAAGUGGACGAUGCUGUUAAAUUUUGGGUUGAAUGCGAAAAUCAUGGUCUUGUGGCCAACGUUUAUACAUAUGAGGUGAUGAUGGAAGGAUACUGUAACUCUGGUAGAAUCAAAGAUGCUGAACUCCUGUUUAGUAAGUUGGUGACUAAGAAAGUGGAGCCAAAUUCCGUUGUUUAUAAUACACUAAUCAGUGCAUAUUGUAUAGAUGGGAAUAUGAUUGGAGCUCUUGGCCUAUUCCAUGACAUGAAAAACAAUGGCAUUCAACCAACUUAUGCCACAUAUUUUUCUCUUAUAAAUAGGCUAUGCAACAUUGGCCAUGUCGAGGAUGCAAAAGAGCUCAUUGAUGAAAUGAGGAGGAAUGGUUUGGUGGCAAAUGUCGCUUGUUAUGCUGAAGUGAUUUGUGGUUAUUGUAAGCUAGGCCAAAUGGAUAAAGCGAGGAGUAUUUUUCUAGAGAUGUCAUAUAACAUACAACCGAAUGAAAUUACAUAUACUGUCAUGAUGGAUGGGUAUUGUAAGCUAGGCAACAUGGAAGAAAAAAAUAUACUUCAAUGUGAGAUGGCAAAAAAGGGAAUUGUCCCAGAUGCAGUCACUUAGACCUAGUUUUGCAAGCACAGGAAAGUGGAAUAUGCUUUUGAAUAAUGUGACUUGUCUGGUAAAGAUGUACCUCUAGAUGGAAUCACUUAUGCAACAUGUAUUGACAGCUUGUAUCAGCCCAAUAGAUGUGAAUAUCAGGAAUCAUAUGGAAGCAUGCAAAAGUUCUAUUGCAUGGAACUAUAUAUUCUUUUUGUUAUUCAAUCUCUUUUUCUGGAGUUAGAAGCCCCUAUGUAUGUUGGUGGUUGGAAGCUAGAGUAAAGGUUUUCAAGGCUGUGGCAUAUAACAGAAAUACCUAAGAAAUUUGUCCACUAUAUUGAGAAAGGAGUCUAAAAAUCCUCUGGUCCCAUAUGAGGGGGCUCAAGUAGCAACUUCACUUAAUAAGAGAUAAG